AUGGUAUAUAAUUCUUUGACUUCCUUAAAUAACACUGACGAAUUUUAUGAAAAAGAAAAUGAGAAAUUAGAGUUGGAAUUUAAUGUUGAGUUGUCGUCUCUUCUUGAUGCAAUUUCGGAUGAGGAAUUGCAAAAAGAAAAUAUUGAUUUUGAAAUUGGCUGCUGUAUAAUUGCUUAUAUUUCUGAAGGAGAUGUGAAACAUCCUGAAUUAGAUAAGCAAAGGGAUAUACCUACAUAUUUAGAACAAUACAAUUGUGAAGGAACAGUACAACAUAAUGGAUAUUAUCCAUUAAUUUUCUCUUAUAAUGGUGAUUUAGUAAAUUUGUUCCAUUUGGAAAAUUCUUGA